GUAGGCCGGCGACGUCACAGUGGGCCGGUUGAGCCUUCCUUCGUUCGAUUCAGGCAGGCUCUCUAUUCAUUUUACAUGUAGCAAGCAGGGUUGCGGGGUGCAGUUCAGACAUGGGAAGUGAGCAUUACUGCCUGAGGUGGAACAAUCAUCAGAGCAACUUGCUGGGUGUGUUCAGUCAACUGCUGGAGUCGGAGUCGCUGGUGGACGUGACACUGGCGUGCACGGAGGGACCUUCGAUACGUGCCCACAAGGUAGUCCUCUCCGCGUGCUCCAGCUAUUUCCAGGCCCUAUUCCUCGACCACCCGAACCGCCACCCCAUAGUCAUCCUAAAGGACGUACGUUUCGCCGAGCUACGUACCCUCGUCGACUUCAUGUACAAGGGCGAAGUAAACGUCGAGUACUGCCAGCUAUCGGCCCUCCUAAAGACAGCGGAGAGCCUUAAGGUGAAGGGUCUAGCGGAUAUGACGAACAUCAACGCGGCGGUAGCGUCGAGGGACGAGCAACAACAGCAGCAGCAGCAACAACAGCAACAACAGCAGCAGCAACCGCAACAACAACAGCAGCAACAACAACAACACACGAGCACAUCCGAGGGUAUACAACGCGAGACAUCGCGAGAACAUCACCGUGAACGUGAAAGUAUAAAGGAAGCGAGCAAUAAGGAGAGAGACAGGGAAGGAAAUACAUCCGGUGGCACGGGUUUGCCAUCGGCAGGAGUGAAAGAAUGCGAGCAACCCCAACAAAACGUAGCCCAACCACCCACCAGCGAGUCGACCGAGGCGGUAGACAUGACGGAUUGUCCGGCAUCGCCCACCGGACCCGGUAGCCCUUGUCCAGGACCUUUGGCCCUUGAUCGACCUAGGAGGGAUUCCGAAGAUGCCGCAAGUUUAGAAGAAACGAGGGGUUCCCUUAGUCCGAUCUCGGUGCACAGUGGACCGUCGGAUAUGAGUCUAAGUAACAAUACAGGAAGCACGCCUGGCGUGCUACCGUUGAACUUACCACAGAGCCGGCUUCCGUCCCCGCACAGUACAGAGCCUCUCGCGGGUCCGUCGGGGUUACCCCCGGUCCAACAAGUUCCACUUUCGUUAAAAAAAGAGAUGGACUGGGAAAGGUCGACCGAAGAGCGCAGUGCGAGCAGCGAAAUAUCCACGGAUUACAGACUCCCACCAGAUCCGGUGUCGCUGGCCCUCGGUUUGGAUGCAGGAGGUUGGGGUGCCCUGGUGGAACGCACGAGUGGCGGCGGCGGAAGCGGUUCCCUGCUAGGUCACGGCGGUUUCGCCGGUCUGGCGGGGUUGGCGCGUCGCUGCGGCGUCUGUCUGGCUACGUUUCCUUCCGCCUGGUUGCUGGAACGGCACGCGUUGCUUCAGCACGCCGGCCAGGCUAGCGACGACAAACCAUUCACCUGCGAGCAAUGCGGCCAACGCUACCGUUACCGAUCCGCUUACGUGAAACACCGGGAGCAAAACCAUCGGGCCCGCCUACCGGCCGAUAAGCUUUUCACCUGCGACGUCUGCGGCAUGCAGUUUAGGUACCUAAAGUCCUUCAAGAAGCACCGACUGAACCACGCGUUGGAACGAUUGCAACGAGCUCCGGAGCCUCAGAGCAGCGCGAUGACGGUGUCCGCGGCUGCAGAGAGAAGCGACCAGGUGUCCAGCACCGGGGAACCAUCGCAGGUGGAGACAGGGAGCGACACCACUACCAAUCCAGGUGAGGAAGAGACGCGGGGAACCUUCAAUGAAAAUGCUCGCGAAGAGAGCAUCUCUGAGACAGCCAGCGUGCAGGAGAAUCCUGGCGAGGCUGUCGAGGUUCAAAUGACCGAGGCUCCUACAGGAAACAGCAGAUCAGCCGGUGGUACCAGCGAGGUUGGCGACACGGAUGACAACGCUGUGGACGACGAUCGUUCCGAACACACGGAUCCUGUGAUCAGCCUGGCUCGCAGCAGUCACGAGGUUGACAGGCGCGAACGUCGCUUCGCCUGCCCCUUUUGCGGUAAGUGCGUCCGUUCGAAGGAGAACCUGAAACUCCACGUACGUAAGCACACCGGCGAACGACCGUUCGUCUGUCUCUUCUGCGGACGCGCGUUCGGCGGAAAAAGCGACCUUACUAGGCAUCUUCGUAUCCAUACCGGAGAGAGGCCGUAUCACUGCGAAAUGUGCGGCAAAUGUUUCGCCAGGGCGGAUUAUUUGUCCAAGCAUCUCACCACCCAUAUACACCAACGCUAAACUGCGUGGAUUGUACGGACGUUCUUGUCACUCGCUGCGGCGUCUUCUAGCUCGGGUGUUUAGGGAUUCUGCGAUAGCGAAAAGGGUUGUUCUAAGUGGAUGAAUUUCGAUUGUGAGCGAAUCGACUCCUCGAAGUACGCAAUCGCCACAAAGAUAUUUCGAUGUUGCAAGUUUUUCUUUAGGUAGUAGCUAAUCGUGGCGAUUCUUGCUUUACGCGCACCGCUUCAGGGACCGACAGCGAAUCACUUGUAUACAACGAUCGUAGAAAAACGAAUUAUUUUAACCGCGAUGCUUGCGUAUUGUGUAUCGUUGAACGCGUUUGUUACAUCCCGCGGAACACCCUUUCCGUGUCAAAGAUAGUCGAAGAAACGAGACAACGACGUAAGAAAAAUAACGAAGCUUCAUUCAUGUAGAAUUCGCCCGAUCAUCGAGUAAAAGAUCGUAACAAGGGGCGAGCAGACAGGUGAGAGAACGUCAACGUACGCAAAGGUAGUUUUCGAAGGUUCGUCCACGCGAGAUGUCCGCUCUUCUCAGAGUCGAACGAGAGAAAUUCUGGCGUGAAACUUCGGAGGAUGCGGGAGAUCGGCAUAUUUUUAAGAUAACGUUAAACUACGCUUCGUAAACUUCGCGUCUUCGGAUCCAUUUUUCGAGGCUCGUUCAACUUGCGAUUUUUUUUUUCACGAGUUCUUUCCUCUCUCUGGUGCGUAAUCGAAGAAAAGGAAGAUUCGAGAAACGUCUAGAGCGCGAUAAGAAGAGGAGAACCACGUAUCCAUCCAGCCAUUUGCCCAUCGAGACGAGUCAAUUACAGAAGAAGAGUGGAAAUGAAGAAAUCGUCGACGACGAUGGCCAUACACGCGUGAUUGUAAUCUUAUCACGAACGUGUAAGAGAAUAGAAGAACGAAGUGAACGAAGAAAAACGAAAGUGGAAGAAGGUCGAAGAUUUCUACUUAACGUUAGUGAGACUAAUUUGUGAUAAAGGAUUCGAAACCAAAGAACGCGACGAACGUCGACGAUGACGGCUCGUUUUUGUUGUCUUCUUCGUCUUCGUGCACCACCGACGAGCGAUCUACUCGUUUACGUAAUAGCUGUCAGCGUAAUCGAUGCGAUUUUUAUACAGUGCACGCGAUAACGAUCAUUCUUCCGUAUGCCACGCAGUCGAGGACACGUCGCGACUCCUGGUUGGACGGGAAGUAUCUCCUGAAUGGAAAUCUAGUGGAAAAAUAUGUAACGUCUAGUAUAACGUUUAUGAUUGAUAUAUUGGCCCCGAUUCCGUGACAAUUUAAUAUGAAAAAUGUGACCCUUUUGAUCAAAUUUUUUUUAUGGAACUUUAUCGUAGAAUAGUUAAAAAAACGAAUACGAUGCAAGAUUUUCCUUAUAUUUACGAGUUAACGUUUGAAUCAUUAGGUGCAAUUGGAUUUUUUAAGUUGAUUUAACCCUUAACUAGUACUGUCAGAUCCUGAUAAUACUUUGCGUGUUAUAAAUAUUGUCAUGAUUUCACUCUCAAGUAAUAUGUGACUUAAAUAUGUUGAAAAUUGUUGAUCAGUUCGAAUUUUAUAGUUGCGUAUCCCGGAAGACGGAUGCUCUUUUUCUAAAUUUCUCAAUCGUAUUACCCGAAUGUACGAUAAAUAUCCAAUUUCUUAAAGAAACAAAACACGCGUCUGUAAGUAUGAUUUAUCAAGAGAGUAAAACAAACAUAAAUUUGAAGAAAUAAUAUUUGUAACAUCAUCGUAUUUCUCACCUUCUAAUUUAUGAGGUUGAUCGUUGUGGCUGCUGAGCGACUCAAUUAUAACUUACAAGCGAAGGUUUACAUUUUUUAUCCAGCCUAGAACUUCGGUAAAGAGUUAACAUGCUUCUAUUUCACUGUAACUAGUUAAGGGUAACUUGCUUUACUCGCAUCCUUACAGUUUCGUUCUUUUUAUUCCAUUAAUCUAAAGAAACAGCGGAAUUGCUGGUAUAAUGAUGCAGAAGAGUGGUAUCUUUGGACCGGAUUGAUAUUUAUCUUCAUCCAAGCAACAUUUUAGCUAGUCUUCGAUCGAUCUUACCGUGUCUUUUGCAUUAUUUCCGACUCGAUCGUGUUUCCCUAUUGUUCGAAAAUUCUCUGAAUUCCAAGAAAACCUGCGAAGGAACAUAUACGAGGAUUAAUUGAACUCCUCUCGAUUUGAUCCUUUUGUUUCAAUCUGAGAUUCUAUUAUUUGAAUAAAAAAUGAUCAAUCGUGGCGAGAAAAUAAUCAGAUAAAUGAAACAAACGUAAAUUUCUUAUUUAGAAAUAUGCAAUGAUGGAUACAAAAGACACGGUUUAUAGAAUUUUAGGUGGUAGUUUAAUAGGGAUUAGACAAACUACUUAAUUGUUUGACUGCAAGUAUCGCGAAAUAUUGAAUUUCAAGAAUUAAUUAACAAAAGCUGCGCUAGAAACAUAAUCCGUGUUAUACGUGUAGCUCGAGAUUAUUCGUUACAAGUGGAGGAUUCUCGCAGCAGCAUCUCACGAGAAACAAUCAUGUUUGCUAUUCUUCCUCUGAAAUUAAUUAGCCACUCUGGUCUACAGCCUAGACUGCGAAUAUCACGAGUAGUUUCCUCCUUCACAAUUUCACCUGAAAUAGCGUGUGCUUGCGUCUUUAUGUUUUCUAUCCUUAAAACAAAUAAUAAAGACACGUCACACGUGGAAGGAGGAACGAGAGUGGUUAAACAAAUACCGUGAUAUUUGGCAGUCGAUUAAUUACGAGAAAAAUAAUUCAAUUUACGCUAUAAUUAUUUUCUUAAUUUGUCCUCGAACUUGUUUCAUUAACCAAACGACGUAUUCUAUUGCGCGAGAUUAGCUUAACUUAAGUAUCAUUACGAGAUACCAAAUUAAAAAAGUAAUCGUUUAAAAAGUAAUCGCAUAAGAACUUUCGCUCCUCAACCUGACAGUCAGACAUUUCAUAAUCAAUGAGUCUGACUCAACGAAAUACUAAAUUUAACAAAUGACCAUGUAAAAAGUAAUUACGUUGAAACUGCCACCUUUCGAUCUAACAACAUCGAACGUUCGAUGCUCAAAGAUUUAAAACAUUUUACAGAAUACGAAGAGAAGAAUAAAUUAAAACGACAAUUGUUUAAACGAUAAAUUACAUUGAAACGAUCAACACGAUGAUUCGAAAUAUUCCAAAGAAUACCAUUCUCUAUAAUCAAUCGAUCUAUUGAACUAUUGCAUGUACCUAUAUAAUACAGAGAUGAAAAGAUAGCAAAAAGAAUAGGGAUGUGAUGGACCGAACGUGUCACAUAUGCAAAUAAGACAGCGUAAGAACGCGUAACGAUGAGCGACAGAGAGCAAUACUUGCUUCCUUUGCACCAGUGCUAUCCCGCUAGUCAUUUUUCUAGCUCUGCGCUACGGUAUCUAUGUAACUUCUACGAUCAAUCGAUCGUAACUCUUGUCGCCGGUGGUCAAAAGACGUUGCAUACAAUUGAAAGAAACGAUAGACUUCAGGUCCAAAGGACGCAGCGACGCGUUCAACGUUAGCAUGGAUGCGAAGGAUAGGCGCGAAUCAUGCCAGGCCCUUCUCGGAAGCGUUGCCGGUGCCUUGGAAAGCCAGCCGUGUAUCCUUUUUAAACCUAGCGAUCUAGCAAUAAAGCGUGUGUUUUCCGUUCUAGCCGUCACGCAAGUAGAAAAAGAAAACCGACCAGGACACCGUGUAUUAUCACACGGUCUCCGUGGUUCUUUCAAAAACCUCUUCUUAGCCAAUUGUGUCCAUUUUGCUGUUUACGUGUAUAUAUAUAUGUAUGUCCCUGAUACGUGUACGCAUAUAUAUACAUACACAUGCAUAUACAUACAAAUACACAUCGAUGAAACGAUAGAUCGUCCAGAAUGCACAUAUGCGCGAGCGCAGAAACGAGAGUGCCGGCUCAUUCUCUUGGGACCUGGUCUCGCAAGCGAGUUCACAUCGUCGUUCCACUCGUUUCCGUAAUUCCAAGGAUUCCGAGCAUACAACGUAUGUAUAUAUAUGUAUGUGCGUGUUUACAUAUAUACAUAUAUAUAUAUAUGUAUUUACAUACAUACAUAUACAAACAACGUUACUCGAAUCCUCGAGGUUCGCCGAAAAUACAUUUACACUUGUUAGUCGUUCGUAUAGCGUUCGCUCAUCUCCCAUCGGACGCUGGAUCGCUGUCGAUCGCGAGAUCGACCAACAACUUCCGUCCGGUUCCCUGACCGGGAUUUUGCGAUCGAAUUUGAACCUCUCGUCGCGUCUUAACUAUUCACAAGGCUACGAUAACUACUCGCCUGGUGAACAGGCUGCAGAGAGAGAGAGAGAGAGUGAGAGGGAGAGGGAUUGAGACAACGAGAGAGGGAGAGAAAAAGAGAGAGAGAGAGAGAGAGAGAGAGAUGGAUCCGUGGAUAGAAACGUCGACGAUGGACGCGUCCACCGGUGGGAACGAAGAUCGAUCACUUGGACGGAUGGUAAAUUAUUCGGCGCGUUAUUCCGUCUUCUAAAAUAGACAUUAAAUUAAGGAUAAGUAAUGAGAUCUACAGCGAUCGUUGUUGCAAACGUGCCGUCCCAGUGCCAAUGUCUCGUUUACUUUUCGUGAAAGUUAUCGCAUAGCUUGCGUCGAUCUUUCGCCGUCCUGGUGAUCGAGAUCUGCUUUGAAGUAGCUGCGUGAUAUAGGAACGACGAGAGAAAUUCUUGGUUCGGUCGUGGGCGAUUUGAGCUGUUUUUAACGACGCGGGAUACUGCGACUGUUACUUGUCCCCGGGAGAACGUGGGAUAUGAUAUAGCUGUGAAAGAUGCGUAAACAGAAGGUUCUUCUAUAUUUUAUUCUUGUACACAACUUGCCUCGUUUUAGCGAACGCUGUGAUUUCGUGAUCGUUGCUCAAACCUGAAACCGAGAGCGGAAAUGCUGGGAGACCGAUAGCUCUUUGCGUUCCAUCCUAGCGAAUUUAAUAGAGUUUUUACUUUGUAAUUUUUCGUUAGUCGCAGGUAUUACAUAUUGAUGCAACAAUUAUUUCUGACUUACAACGUACGUAUAGUUUACACCGCGUAUUUUCGAAUAUUUACCAACUCUUAACGCUUAGACGCUUUUUUCUCUGUAAAUAAUUAAGAAAAUAUUAAUAUCCUUGACUCUUUACAAAGAUUAUCUUACGAAAAUGCUUCUGUCUUUACAGCAUAUAAAAAUAUAAUUCUACACGCAGAUAGAUAAAGAAAGUAUAACGUCGUAAAGAAUAACUUUGUAAUUCAGAAGUAAUGAAAUCGUAGUAGUAUGAAUAUUCAUUUUCGAUAUCGAAUUUCUUCAUCGCUACGUGUUACCCGAAUUAACGAAUUAUUUGAACGAAGAAACCAAGAAACGUUAACCGAUAGUUUCUCUGUCGAUUAUUCGAAUUUCGCCAAGUCGAACGCAAAGAGCAAAAUUCCCAGAUCGACCGCGGUUUCGUACCAAGUUCAAGUCGAUCUUUCACCCGCAUGGAUCCCACGUCGCGGCGCACUUCGCUUCUGUAAUUUCCGGGGACACGCGAUUACGUCGCUCGUCUUUGCACCCGCGAAAAUGGGAAAAGAAUGCGGCAUCGGUUAACCGAAGAAAGUCUCGCGAGUCCGACCACGAUGUACGAAGAACGACAUUAAGAGAGAAAAAUGGAGGAGAAGUAAACCAGGCUCGAUUCUUGCGAGGUCAGUUUGCCCAAAUUCCGUCAGAAUUAACGUUUAGUCAUUUAGCUAGUAAUUUACGACGUACUUGCUGCUGUGUGUAUCGCGCAUUCGUGAAACGAAGUCGAAUAACGAAGGUGCUAUCUAAGAGAAUAGAAUGAUCGUGGCCCGGCAGCCAGGAACGACGAAGACAAAAUGACCGCUCGCGGGAAGAAGGUGCCAAAGAAAAAGACUAUAAUAACGAAUACUUACCUAUUACACGAAAGAGGCUCGUGUGUUAGACGAGGAACAGAGUCGACCUAUAAUAGAAAUAAUGGAGAAAAAAAGAAAGAAAUUUCGAGCCUCGCAUUUCCCUGCGAGCGGACUGGUCCGGCGCCGCGAUGACUCGGUUUAGUCGAUAAAUUACGUAUAUUAUGUUAUAUAUAUAUAUAUAUAGUCGAGUCGAUUAAAGGUGUAAGUUUUACAACGCGAAGCGAAUAAUCAUCGUCCCACGAUGGACGAAUGAACGAAGGAAGGCGAACAUAUUAGGUUGACUUGAAAAAGUGAACCGAAAGGGAGAAACUAUUAAGGAAGAGAAACUAAACGAAAGAAGCGGAUAUAAGCGAAUAGAGAACAUGUCCAACGAAUGUCAACGAGUUUCAAACAAGCAAACAAAUAAACAGAAUUAAAGGAAACGAAGAAAAAUAAGAACAUUUGCGCGCGUAGGGAGGAAAGGGAAAAAUAGAGGAAAUUAAAAUGAAGCUAAAAGAAAAAGUAGCGGAGGAAAAUGAUAAACUAAGAAAAAAAGAAAAAUAAAACGAACGAAGAAGAAGGAGAAUGAAGAGGCGCGAAUAUAGAAGAUACAAACACGGCGAGACUUUUAAUUUACGCUGGUUUGUCCAUCUCGUGCGGUCUCUCGAAAAGAACAAAAAAGAAAAAUAAAACGCGACGGUCGACAGGACCGCGUAUCGUGUCCGUCUCUCGCGCGUGAUUAACGAUCCAAGGAUUAAGGAAAAUAGUUCCAUGACGCCUGAUGCCUCUGUUAGCUUUUAUACAGGCAGCCACGUCCGCCCGCUGCCGCUCCAUUUCCACUGCACGCCAGAUUUACUGCGUUAUGGACGGCCGAGGGAAGCUGCAAAUCGUUCUGUCACUGAAAGACCGACUGUGCUUGACGUUUCCUGCUCCGCCGUGGUACGACCGACCGUGCUUCGAGGAUCGUUCUCUGUACGGGAGAAACUACCCCUUGCAAUUCGCGAUCGCGAUCCUUACGUCAUCCGAUUACCUUCCUUUUUUUAACAUAUUUUUAAUAGAUUCGAAGGGUUUAUGAAUUUGCGAGUUUGCAGAAUAUUUGAUAGAUUAGGUGAUCGUGUAAUAGAGUUCACGGUGAACUAUUUAACUCUGGUCUGAUCUUAAGUCAAAUCAUUGGUCGUAGGUUAUUACCGUAACAGAGUUUGAGGAUAAUUUUAGGAUAUUUAAUUUGAACACUGUGUCGGCUAUCAGUGUGUAUCGAUAAGAUUUCACUGAGAUCGAAGUUCGUGUAUUCUUCAAAUAUUUCGAGAAUUCGUGAUCAUUUUAACGCCAGUUCCUUCGUUUACUUCUUAAGCUACACCGUUUGUGAUGAAAACGAUAUUGUUUAAUCUGUGAUACCGGUAUCUUGAAUAAGAAAGUAUUUUCUUGAAUUUCGAUAGAUUCCGUAGAUCUUCGAUUCGAAUAUCGAACGAUGAUUGUAACGAUAUUAGGAAGAGAAACGAGUGAUUUUUAAAAAUUACUUGUGCAACGAAAGCUAUCUAUAGGUAUAUUCUUUAAACUGUGAUAUCGAUACCUUUAAAUGAUAAAAGAAAUAUUUAUUUAGCGUACUAGUGUCGUUCAGUCUGGAAUGACUAACGAAUAUUUAGAUCAGUUUAGUCUGUAUAGCUUGAAAAAUGAGUUUCAUAUCUGGUAGCAUUAUUUUAUCUUCGUCGCCUCCUUUAUUUCCAUCCGUCCUUUUAAACGGUGUGGGAAUGAAUGUGUUAGAGUUAUGAUUACAAAGAUCGAAACACAAAACGGUGUUAUAUUAGCAAAUAUUUUCAACAAAUACUCGUGCAAAUAUUUAGACAGCUAGAAUUUGGUAUGGAAAUAUAUAUAGUAAUAUUAACGGGGAAUAAAUGAAACGUGCUAAGGAAACAGCUCGAAAAUUGUCCGAUAAAACGAACACCCUGAUCGCGUGUUUCAUCUUUGUCGAGAUGCAACAUUAUGAAACGAAUAGGAGCAUUUUUAUUGAAUAAUUAUUAUCGGAUUUAUCGUUAAAUUUACAAUGUGCGGAUUGUUAUGCAUUUAUGGGGAGAUUUAAAGACGAACGUGUGAAGAUGCACGGAAUGCAAAUAAUAUAAAAAAAUUGUCAAAAUAUGACGCUCCAAGUUCUAUUCGAUUUAAGUUAAGCGUAUUUAUAGAAAUACCAACUUGCAUAAAAAUCCGCAGUCUUCUGAUUUAUAUUCAAAAUUGCUCGAUACGAAUUUCUGACAAACUUGGUAUUACAACGGUGCCAAAUAUUGCAAUGAAAUGGAACGUUAGAUAUUAAACGAAUAGCGAUUAUGCUAUUCGAUCAUGCAUACGUAAAAUGAUAAGAAAUUGCAUUUAUCAUCUUAGUUAAAAGCUCAACAUGAACACCAUUAUGCAUUAGAUAGCGUGUUCAGAAAACUUAUCAACGAAUGCAGAAGAGAUCUAUGUCUUUAUCUUUACAUUAGUCAUGUUCAUUUUCUCUUAUUAAUUUCGCUAACUGAAUUACUCUAUUUAUUCUAGCAUACGGAUUGGUCUUAGAGUAACAAGUACUUUACAUUAUUAAUUUCGAGAAAAUUUUUUUCACGAAUAUAUUUUAACAAUCAACGUGUGAUAAUCGGACCUAUUUUAAAUAUCGACUGUUUAAAUGUAUUACAAUUCCGAAAUACAUUUCACGUGAUCAAUUCGACUAAUUUGAUAGUUGCGUAACUAUUAUAAUUUGAUAUUGAUUGACAACGAACGAUAUAUAUAUUUUUUACAAGCACAAUCUGUAAUAACGACAUAUGCAACAGUGAUAAUAUUUUAUAACGAUUACUAUUACAUAUGUGAUAUCGAAAUAUCGACUCGAAUUUUAGCUAGCUUUUAUUAUCAAGGUACUAAGUAAACGUUUGAUUUACUGUGAUAACAUGAUAGAUGAUAUGAAAUAGUACAAGAACAAAGGGGUCGUACGAGAAUUUUUACAAGAAUUUAAUUCACCAACUGUGAAAACAAUUUUUCGUUUAAAAACACGCGUGUCAUUUUUGUAUCCUUGCACGAUGGAUGCAAGAUCGCAUGUUAUAUAACAAAUAACACAUUGUGUAUCGGAGUUAUAUAUUUUUCGAAUAAUGCGUAUUUCCAGGAAUUUUUAAUACAAAUUCUACGCACUUAUUUAUUUAAAAACUAACUUCUUUACUUUACUUUUCAUAUAUUUUAAUGGGAUUUAUGUAAAUAUAAAUAUCAUGUGUGAUUAUUUAAUGCUUCUUUCAAAUAUGGUCAAAUAUAUGAAGUAAAGUAAAUGCUUUGAUGAGACAGGACAUCGCAUGCUUUGUAGAUAUACAAUUGAUGGAAGCGAUAUAGCGAGGUUAUCAAACAGGUCAGAUGUUAAAGUUUACGCGUUUCAGAAGCAAGAGCAGCAGAAUAUAUGAGAAGAUAUGCCACAGCUCGUAAUUACUUCUCUCUUUGCAAAAUAUAUUUUAAAGUAUACUGUAUGUCAUAUAAUUUAGAAGGGAAAUUAUAAUUGGCUAAAAAGAUAAAUCAUUUGUCACCUUGCAGAAAUUUCGAAUUGAUAAUUCUCCAGUAAGUUUACGAAUUUUACAAAAAGAUAACACGAAACGUAUUUUAACGUUGAAACGAACAUAGCUGUCAAUAGUCUACAAAAUUUGAUUAUACAAUUCGUCUCGCAUUUACACAACGUGUUGAUUUAUAACCAGAAACCGCGUGAAGUCAAACUACUUACUAUCUUUUCAACCUCGGUUAAUAAAAUUUAAUUAUACUCAUUCGAGUCUAUUCGUAAUAUUUAAGUGGAAUGGAGAAGAAAAGAUGCAGCUCACGAAAGCGUUUGACCAUUUAUCAUAGGAAACUUCUAUAUCCUAUUGUAUGUAUUAUGUAAAACUUUUUGAAAUUUCAUUAGCUCUGCAGCGAGACACAACAGUCACGUUUAUAUCGAUAAAAUUUGAAACCAAGUUGAAAAAUGUAGGUAUUACGAAACAUUUACGUCAAACAUAUAUUUGGUAAAAUAAUUAGCAUGCAGCAUAGAUAAAUAUCUUAAGCGUAUAAUAAAAAUUAAAAAGAAUUCCACCGAAUAUCGAGGCUUAUUUAAUAUAACGAAUAAUUGACCAUUCAAAUAUUUUUAUCAUCUCUGUACAUACUUGUAUCAAAUUUGUAUCUUGUAACUUUUAUUUACAUUUCCAGAUUUGUUUCUAAAUUGACCGAUAUAAUCAGAAUGCUGGAAUCUCUUUAUAGCGCCAAUAUAAUUUCAAAGUAUUACGUACAACACACACAAUAUAUUUCUAACAGGUUUCUAUAAAUGUUGGCAUACUUUCACGAGCCACCGUGGAUGAAACUCGAUCACAGUUGUGUUCCUAUCGAGUGAAUCGAUAGCGAAAACUAGUCCUUUGACCGGGAGAAAAUCAAAGGGCGAAAGUCGCCUCGCACUCUUCCAAUUUGCCAAAUCACAAAGUUAAAAUCGUCAAUGGUGCUCUAGUCGAGGUUUCGCAGCCCGUCCAAAUUACGAGAGCGAUUUUUUCGCCGGUCUCUCUACUCGACCUAGAAAACAAAAACCCACAAAGAUUCUUCCGAUAACUCUUCUGUGACGGCGCGGUAAAAUCUUCAUAUCCCGCGGAAAAAAACAUUCCCGCGGGACCGUGUGUCCGGCAAAAGAGGAACGAGAAAAACAGAUGUCACGGAGAAGAGGAUGAGCCACGCGUUGUCACGUUUUUCACAGACGUGAGAACUUCCGGUUUUACACCGUUACACUUGAAAUUUCACGUAUUCUUUCUAUGCAGUGUAGUAAUUCUACGGGAAUCGUCGAUUUACACUUUCGAAAGUCUACUUUUUCUGUUUUCCAUGGCCUUAUAGGGAAAAAAUUGGUAAUAAUUGAACCGAGGAUAUGUUUCUGCAUUUAUGGGAAAUUUAACGCUACUAUAUAAAACUAUCGACGACUAGAGCAUAAAUCUUGUAACUAGUGAAAUUUUAAGGAAAGAUAUACGAAGGAAUAGUAUAGUGUUAGAAGAAAAUCGUUAAAAAUGUCGUUGUCUUAAAUCCAACAGAUUUUCAUGUCUAUUUUUAAUUCGAGAUUAUGUGGGAAGAAUAUGAUAAGUCAAGUUUCGUUAAUCUUCUGACUUUUAUGUCAUUUGAUGGUUAAUAAAAAGAAUGUUAAUACGAGACAGAUAAAAAGGGGAGAAAGGAGAGUUUAGAGAAAAUACAAGACAUUUCUCUCUAAAAUAGGAAGCUUUCAAUUUUCGUAAGUUUACAGCAUUCUUGCUUCUGUUCUACGGAAAUGAAACGCCCACGCGUUUUUAAUCUCAAAAUACGAUUGUUCGA